AUGGAUAAUAGGACUCAGGAGAAGGUUGUUUCGAAAGGUCGAUCUCGAGAUCCUAGGAGGGCUGCUGAUGCCUAUUCAGAAAGUGCACUGGAGAAGAUAAUUGUACUCUUCCGCCUGGGCUAUGCAGCCUUGUCUCUUGGCCGUCCUCGCAAGCAAGAUCCUAGGACGGCUGCUAAAAUCUAUUCAGAUUGUGCGCUGGACUCGAUAAUUGUACUCUUGAAGCUAGGCAACGAAGCCUUGCUUGUUGGUAGUCCUCGAGAUCAAGCCUGUCUCGGUCGGGUUGAAGAUCCAGCCACAUCCCCUUCUUGUGCUGUUAGGCAAUCCAAAGGCAAACAAAGGACGGAGCUGCGUGAGCUGUCCGAACAAAAUUCAGAAUUGUCGAAGAAACUAAGAGCUGCAACAAAGCGUCCUGUUGAACUCCAACGAGAGGUACAGAAAUCUCCAAUCAAAGGCUGGUGGGAGGCAUCGAUGGACCAACUCUCCUUAGAGGAGCUGAAACUUCAUAAGAGAAUGUCUGAAGAAUUAAGCAAGAUGUUAACGCAAGAAAUUGAAGACCGGACCACUAUUUCCCAUGGCAACAAUUCCGAUGAUCCUUGUGGGACUGAUUCCUAG